AUGUUCAGAGGUGGUCAGCCGAAUCCGUACGACGAUAUCGUCGGCAAGACUACAGACGAGAACCUCACGAGUGAGAACUGGGAACUAAUUCUGAAUCUAUGCGACAAAGUACAAGAUGAAGGGGAACAAGGCGCGCGGAACGUCACCGCAGCUGUCCUCAAGAGACUCGCCCAUCGAAGUCCUAAUGUGCAGCUAUACACCUUGACAUUGGCUGAAGCCUUGUCCAAGAAUUGUGGUGUGGAGGUGCACAGAGAGAUUGCAUCGCGCGCUUUCACUCAGAGUCUGGAGCGGCUUGUCACAGACAGAACAACACACGAAAAAGUGAGGCGCAGGACGCUGGGCUUGGUGGCUAUGUGGACUGCCGAUUUCGAGAAGGACACCACGCUGGGCAUGAUGGAGGAAUGCUACGAGACGCUGAAGAGCAAAGGUUACAAAUUCGAGACUCCCGAUGAGCCACCUCCGCCCGAAGUGGAUGACGAAGUACGGCGACGGGAAGAGGAAGAGCUGCAACGGGUGUUGGAGAUGUCCGUCCACGAUAAGGGCGGUAGGGGACAAUGGGACUCAUACUCACUAGCGUCCUCGAGCGGUGCCGGUGGGUCAGGAUCAGAGGCUCCCGCUGCGGUCAAGGUUACCCCGCACACGUCUUCCCAGCAACCAGGUUAUGGUGGAUAUGUGCCAUCCCCCAGCCCUGCUGUCUCUGCAGUUGCGCCAGUUGCUGCAUCGACCGUUACUGCUGCCACACCAGCGGUGAGCUCAGCAGAUUCGUUGUCCUCGGGUCGGGAGAAUAUACCCAUUGUCACUCGGGUCCGUGCUCUGCACACAUUUGAGCCCUCCGAGCCUGGUGAACUGCCGUUCGAGAAGGGUGACAUCAUCAAGGUCGUUGAUCGUGGUUACAAGGACUGGUGGCGGGGUCAACUGAAGGGUAGGACAGGCAUAUUUCCUGUCAACUAUGUGGAACCACUGCCUGAGCCUACGGCAGCCGAAAUUGCAAGAGAGGCGGAACAAGAGGCUGCCGUGUUUAAUCAGGCCGCCAAUGUCGAUCGGUUACUCACACUGCUCCGCGAGAUGGACCCUGUAAAGGACAAUCUUGCCGACAACGAGGAGAUUCAGGAGCUGUACAGGUCAUGCAUGACUCUACGUCCGAAGAUCGUCAAGCUAAUUGACAAGUACAGCCAAAAGCGAGCCGACCUUGUCUCAAUGAACGAAAGUUUCGUUAAAGCAAGGACAAUUUUCGACCGAAUGAUGGAGGAGAGCUUAGCGAGGCACUCAGCAAUGUACGAAGGACGAUCGGGGUAUCCGGCAGCCCAAUCACAAUCGUACGGGUCUGACUCUCGAAGCCGUCAGGACUACCCGAUGGGUGGCGGACCUCAGACGUAUGGGUGGAAUCCAGCAGUCUAUGAUCAGCCUGGAUACAAUGCAUACCCGGCGCCCGCUGGGGCCUACUCCGUCAGCGCGGAAGGCCAAUACCCGGGCGCCCCGCCACCGCAAUCAUACGAAACCAAUCCCUACGCUCAGCGACCAGCCUAUGCCCAGUCGCAGUCGUACGUUGCGUCGCCUGGGAGUGCUGUUCCGUAUGGUGUGCAGCCGGAGUCGUAUGGGUACCCUGGAGCUCAGUCCAUUGCACAGCCGCAGUCACAAGCUGCGGUACCUCAGCAGCAGCAGCCCCAGGUACAAACCCAUACCCAACCACAGUCUCAACCCCAACCUCAGUUGCAACCUCAAACGCAGCCUCAGACGCAAUCUCAGCCUGAAUUGCAGUCGCAACCGCAGGUACAGUCUCAGCCUCAGCCGCAGAUGCAACCGCAGCCCCAGCAAUCGCAAGCACAGCCUCAGCAGCAGCAAUCGAGCCAGCAGACUGGUCCUCCAUAUGUAUACGAUCCGAAUGCCACGUACGCAGAUCCUAACGUCCAGGCGUGGGCACAGUACUACGCGCAGGGUGGGACAGAUAUAACUGGUGCAGUUUAUUUCCUCUCCGUUCCAGGGAUCAAGGAAGCUGCCCCUGCCGCUGCUGCCCGUGCAACUUCACAAGAGUUAUCCCAUGCCAGCCCGCAACAGUCGUUCGCGCUACCUCAGGGCGCUGUACACGCAUCAUCCGGUCCUCAGCAGUCCUCCGGUGAUGUCGCAGGUUAUUCUGCGCAACAACUCAGUCACGAAGCGGUGGAAGCUGUCGCCACUGCUCCAGUACGUUCCGACACCCAGCUGACCGCAACUCCGGCUCUGCAAUCCCAUGGUGCACCUCAGCAGCAGCAAAUAGGCUAUGGGACAUCGCCGUACGGAGCUACCGGUCCUCCCAACGGUAGCCAGCAAGGGUCUCCACCUACCGCAGGUGAUGUGGCUGGUGCCCACCAGCAGGGAUGGCAGUCGCAGUAUUACGGGCUGCCAAACCAGCUUACAGCGAUGGAUAUCUCUGGGAAUGGGCAGCAAGGUGGUCAUCCCGAACCACAAGGUGUCGGUGCGUCGGCCUGA